AUGUCGAAAGUACCUACUGCUACAUUGAACGAUGGAGUAAAGAUUCCAAAAAUAGGAUAUGGUCUAGGAACCGCAAAUUUCGGUAGUGAAUGUGUUCCUCAUGUCAUAUCAGCGUUAAAGACGGGAUAUGAUUACAUCGACUGUGCGGAGAUGUAUGGCAAUUCAAAGAGUUUCGGAGAAGGCUUUGAGAAAUUCGGUGGGAAACGAGAAGAUGUUUUUGUCGUUCAAAAAUGUGGUGCAAAUGGUAAAGAAAGUCAUCCCAGAAAGACUCUAGAAAGAUUACUCAAAGAGAUGAAGACUGACUACGUCGAUUUAUAUCUCCUUCAUUCUCCUUUACUCACCAAACCACUCUCCUUGAGCGAAGCUUGGGAAGUAAUGGAAGAAAUCAGAGCUGACGGAUUAGCAAAAUCAAUCGGAGUUAGUAAUUUUCGUGAAGAAGACCUGAUCGAACUCGAGAAAACAUGGAAAGUAGUUCCAAGUGCGAACCAGAUCGAAUAUCAUCCGUACAAUUUCCAUCCUGCCAAUAUGCAAAGACUUUUGUCUUUCAUGAAGAAACAUAGUAUCGCUGUUGAAGCUUAUGGUCCAUUGACUCCAUUGACAGGAGCCAAAGGUGGUCCAGUCGAUGAGAUAGUUAAGGAAAUUGCCAAAUCUAAAGGAAUUGAAGAAUCUCAAGUUUUGUUGAAUUGGGCAGCACAAACUACUCAAGGUGUAGUCGUAACCACUUCGACUAAUCCUGAGAGACAGAAAAUCCAGUUGGAAGCAAUCACCAAAUCAAGCCACUUGACCGAAGAAGAAAUCGACAAAAUUUCAGAAGCUGGUAAGAAGAAAUUCUUCAGAUAUAGGAUGACAGAUGUUUGGGAUGCGGCGAAACCAUAA